AUGGCCUGCCUAACUAGAUACAAGCACAUCGCGGCUGAUGCCAAGGAGGAUCCGAAAACAAUCCAGGCAUACAUUUUUGAGAACAUUGUGAAGCCAUUACAUCGGUAUUUUGACAAACCCGAGUUGCCUAGCCAAACAUUGCCGGCAAGGCUACUGCAUCAAGUCGUCUCGGAUAGUCCAGUUCCGCCGGAAGACUCUGUGCCGAUAUACGACGUAUAUCUUGGUUCCAAUGAACCCGAAGAUAGAUGUUCAAACGAAUCCCAAUUCUGGGACAAUAUGGCGACGUUUACGGAAAAAUAUAUCAGCAGUCCUCAAUUAUCUAGACUUCCAUCCGGCGUCGAAGCAGAGAGUCGACAGAAAGUUCGAAUCGCAGUCAUUGAUAGCGGUGUCAAACAAGAGGACGCCCAUAUCGCGGCAGCACAGGCUAAUGAACAGCUUCAAGGUUAUCGUAACUUCACUUCCUCAGAUCUAGACGAUUGUGAGGAUCACCUCGGACACGGGACUAUGGUUGCUCGCCUCCUAUUGACUGUAGCACCGGAAGCCGAACUGUACAUUGCAAAGGUCUCCAACCAGAGCAAGAUGCCAAAGAAUCAGCUGCACCGCAUUGCUUCUGCCAUAAAAUGGGCCCUAGAGCAUUGGCGCGUGAAUAUCAUCUCGAUCUCUUUAGCACUUGACGAGCCACAUUAUGAUAUCAAUGAGGAGCUCAAUCAUGCCCUAUCUCCUAUAACCCAAGGGGCCACGGGAAAGCUCGUCUUUGCUGCCGCUGGAAACUCGGCAGUGUAUAAACCACAGGCGUGGCCGGCGCGCAAGCCGGGGGUCAUUGCAGUCCAUGCCACAGAUUGGAGCGGUCAAGCGACAAGGAUCAAUCCAAAUCCCACGGGCAAGGAAAAUUUUGCAACUCUUGGCCAGGAUAUUAAGAUGCGAUGGCCGGAUAGGACUGGUGAACUGAGCAACACGUACAUCUCUGGCUCGUCAUUCGCGACGCCCAUUGCAGCUGGGAUUGCUGCAAAUGUGCUCGAGUUCGCUACGCAUCGGUUGAAGAUCAAUGAUUAUACGAGAAGUCUCCUUUAUUCCCAUCAUGCUUUCGAACGCAUCUCAUCCCUUCGAGAAAGGGUAUAUGUUACAGAAGUCCUCAAAGAUCAUUCUCUGUUCUUUAUUAGAGAGUUGUUGAGAUGCUUGGACAAGCUCGUCUCCACCACGAUUCUCGCGACGAUUGGCAGCGCAAUACCGAAAAUCACCCUCUUCGCAGCGGGGCACGACGACUUCAAGGAGCUCUCUAGGAUGUUUUUAAACGUCAUCCUCUCUCGAUACAGCUUGCCAGUACGAAAGCUUAUACUCGGGGAAUCAUCUACAGAAGUAUCAGAACACUUCGUCCCUACCAAGGAGGUACUUCUGGCGGCGUUUCCAGAGGGCUUGUUUCUAGCUCUUGUGAAGUCUUCCAUCGUACGAUACUUCAAGAUCUUAUAUGAGCGCGACCAAAGAGACACAGGGAACAGAGGAGAAACCCCAGUCAUGCAGAUGCUGACACAGAAUGUGUGCGAUCCAGCAAAAGAGGACAUGACCGACUUCCCCACCACGUCUGAGGCUGGUGUUGCAUUGUGUCACAGGGCGCCCAAGAUUCCGGAUGGGCAGAAGACAGGCACCUGUCCAAUAUGCAAGCAGAUACUGCCCGCAGAAGAGUUCAAGAACUCCAAUUGGAUAUCUCACGUCAUGAAGGACCUUCAACCUUACGUCUGCCUAUCCAGCGACUGCCUGUGGGAUCCUCAGUUCUUCGAGCGCCGCCAAGAUUGGAUCCACCAUAUGCACAAGUAUCACACGACUUCUUGGAUUUGCUAUCUGCAGAAUACAAACGUGUGGAAGUGCUUAAGGUGCAAAUUGACGUCUCCUACGGAAUUUGUCUGUUCAGACGAACUGCAAGAGAGUUUUGUCGAGCAUCUUCAGAAGUUCCACCCUGACAUAGAACACCCAUGGUGGACACUUAAUAACCACUAUGAGGAGGUGCGCCAGCCUCGAUCAUCAAAAUCCUGUCCAAUGUGUGGAACUAUUCCACAUGGCGAAGACAAGUCACAAACCCGAACAAGUGAUAACUCCGGAGUCGAAAACUGCAUCGCCGAGCAUCUACUGCAACUAGCUUUCAAAACCAUGGACCUUUUGAUGGACAAGGAUCGGCCCGAACCGCAGAUGGCGAACGGGAAUCUUUGA